AUGCCGAUGCGAUCUAAAAUUAUCGACUCGGAAAUCGAUGUUAAGAUGCACACCGUCAAACCAGGCUUUUUUCGCCGCCAAUGGAGGAAGGUGAAGACCGAUCUGACCGCCUCAUUCCUCGCCCAAUACCGUCGAUGUGUGAUUCGAAUGAAGAAAUGUCUUCGCGAUAAUAAUACUCCAGUCGAGACCCAAAGAAGGAAAAGUCAAGCAAAACUGCAUCCAUUGCCAGACCGCCCAUUGCGUCGCGUCGCUUCAAAACUCAACCGGAAGCCGACGAACGAGAUUCAGCGGCUCCGUAAGAAAGGCGAUGAUUGGAACGCCAAUGAUCUGUUCCGAUUCCAGUACUCGGAUCCAGAAGCGGGAACGCCGGAAGAAAGGAAACAGUUGUGCUAUGAAUGGCUCGAUCGUCUUCAUGAUAUAUCGAAGAAAUAUUGCUAUUUAGCAUGGUACGAGGCGGCGAUCUACGCGUGCUAUUAUCGUUUGGCGCCGAUUCUCGUCGAGACGCAAGAGAAGCAGCGAAUUUGGCACGACGUCAAACUCGAAUACGCCGAGAUAUUCAUGAUGGGUCGCCGAAUUUGGCGUCGCGCGAUUCAUCCGAGCCGCUUGCGCGUCUUCUACGAUCUCGCCAUGCUUUGUGUGAGAUUUGGCGAUAUGGAGAAUGACGACACUGUUGCGAUGUUCAAAGACCUCAUGUCGGACUCGACCAAUUUUGACUUCAAAAUUCUCAAUGAGGUCGAAUUCGUCAAAUCGUUGGACAAGGUGAUUCGCCUCGAGAACUACGUGAUCGAUCAAUUCUACAAGCGGCGACGAUCGUCGGGCUCAAUCCGAAGCUCGUUUCGAUCGCGACGUUCCACUGACUGCUCGCCGUCAAGACGAAGCGAGCACGACGAUCCGCCGCCGCCGCAACACUCAAUCGUCCGAACGCCAUCGGAUCGUCUCGUCGUCGAAGACGAUCGUCUCAGUGUGAGCUCGCUGACCGAAUCGUUGAAUCAAGUGUCGGUGAGCCUUCCGGCGACGACGCUCGUCGAAAUCAAGCCGACAACAGCCGCGGUGACGACGACGACGACGAGCCUCAAAAUCCCGACGAUCGUCGUUCACGACACCAGCCGACCGCCGUCGCCACGACUCGUCCGUUUCGACGAUGAUGAGAAGAGCUGCUGA